AUGUUCGUGUCUCGAUCUGCAUAUUUGACUGCAGCAGUUCGUGGGGGUGGGGCUGGUGGUCUUAGAGCGAUGUUAACGAGGAGGAGAUUGUGCACGACAUCGAUGAGGUGUUCCGUGGCAUCGGUCAAGAUGUGGCUCGAUGGAAAGGAGGUGCAGUCGAAUACUUCCGAGUGGAUUGAUUUGACGAAUCCGGUGGGUUGUUCAGUUCGUUUGCUU